UGGCCAGCUAGAAAUGACGACACACAUGUGCGGAAGCAUUUCAGCAGAGAUGUGUAGUUUUGUUAGGCAGCACAAAUAAUCUCUGAUAUUUUACAACAUUAUCAGAUAUUAUUGUAUGAAUUCUGAUUAUUUAAUCUAAUCAAUGACAAACUAGCAAAGCAAUCAAGACACUAUCAAAAUGUCUGCCACUUGCAACUGUACGGAGCAUGUCAGCAAACUCAACCAGCAGAUAUCUGUCAUGCGAAAAGAAAUCAAGAAUCUCAGGCAAUUGUUGGACAGUGCUGUUCGUUCUCAUCGAAAACACAUGACAUCUCUCCAGUCUGCUUUGACACACAUUGGCCAGAGUCGAUCUCCAAAGAGUCAGCCAAGGCCACAGGCAGAACUAGAGACACAGAAUUCACUUGAGAAAGGGACCAUCCAGACAGUCCCCAUAGGUUACAUCAGCUCCUGUUUCUCAGUGAAGAAUGGCACCCCCAGACAGCCAACCAUAUGUGGGCCCUCCAGGGCCACCCUUCAGAUCCAGCAGAGUGUCUUCAACAACCCUGAACACUCACUGGUCGGCCUGGACAACUACUCUCAUGUCUGGGUAAUCUUCCUGUUCCAUAAGAACGGCCACCUGAGUUAUAAGGCCAAGGUGAAGCCACCCAGACUGAACGGCCAGAGGGUUGGGGUGUACUCCACACGUAGCCCCCACCGGCCCAACGCCCUGGGUCUGACCCUGGCCAAGCUGGACAGAGUCACAGAUGACACACUUCAUCUGAGUGAGAUAGACAUGAUCGCAGGCACCCCUGUCCUCGAUAUCAAACCCUACAUCUCUGACUAUGACUCCCCACACAGUAGAGUGGACAUGGACACAGAUACUUAUGACUGUGGAGUCCAACCUGAGAGCACCAGUGUACCAUCAGAAGAUGGGACCACCAGUGUGGAGACGCUGCAUUCAGACUCAGUAGCUUCGUCCUCCUGUACUGUUGAUCCCCAGUUGGACUUGGGGGUUGAGAGACGGGAUAGUCAUAGCACAGACCCCAGAAUACUCCACUCAAAAGACAAAUCCAAAGUUCACAUCUGCCAUCCAGGCGAUGCCUCCAGCUCUUAUGCUCCUAAAUACCCAGGCAAAGACAUCACCACUGUGCUGGGGGAGCUCAAGGCCUACAUCAGCGAGGGACAUGACCCCUUCACCCUGGGGAGCUCUGUAGGAACGUCUCAGGCUUCAGAUGGCCCUAAAGCCAAGCCAUUGGAGCCAGUGGAGGAUAGUGCUAGGCCUUGCUAUGGGGAAGAGGCCUACAGCACCAUCGCUGGCUGGAUCAGGGAGCCUCCUGUGACCAGUCUGGAGGUGCGCUUCACACCCCAUGCAGAGAGAGAGCUGGGGGAGUUCCUUGCCCCCAUCAAUACAGAAUCUCAUGACCGACCCAGGUUCCGGUUCCUGCGUGGUCCAAAAGAGGCUGCUGCUGCCAUCAGAGGGGUUCUAUCUGCUGACCCCAGGUCAGUGUAUCGGAGGAGCCGCUGUAAGGACAGACUCUUCUUCUUCACCUUGGACACGGCAGACAUCACCUGCUGGUUCGGACAGGGCUUCGCUGAGGUGCUCCGGGUCAGACUCGUGGCUGUUGGAAAAGAACUGGCCAGCUGAAUGGUUCAUGUUCUGUAUGAUCCUAAUGGUUCUGGUUCUAUGGAUUGAUUUUGGAAUCAGCUCUCAAUAAUUGUUUUACAGGUAAAUCUGAGAAAAUAUGAAUAUUUAACUAAAUAAAUGCAAUGUUAUCAACAACUGUUAUUAAAAUGGAUUUUAAUUUUUUUUUCCUGUGAAGAUAGAGUGCUUGUUGAAAUGGUUGGUUAUACCGUAUGAUCGUAACACUUUAUUUUACUUUUAGUUACAUUAUAGAGCAUUUAUUCCAAGCACUUCUAGGCUGGGAAAGAGCACCUCAGUACACUGCAGUGCACACUAUCACUUAUCAGAUGGAAUCUUUAUGGUUGAGUUAUGUUUAGUAAUGGUAGUGAACACGCCUUUACUAUCUAAGUUAGUUUGUUGCACAGUUUUAACAUCGACUCCGCUAUGGUAGGAUAUGGAUUCCAAAAUUGCUUCCAGUAUUUCCCUUGACCUUUGUCAACCUCUCAGUUUUAGUAAUCCAAUGUCCAGUACAAAGUCUUUUAAAUUCAGGGAUUUAUAUUGGAACUGAAUUGCAUCUGUCUAUAUCCAGUGUGACAACAGUCUGUGCGAUUGGUCAACUUGUCAUUGUUGGAUGGAGUGGAGUGGUGGGCCUUUCAUUGUCUGGCAUAGAUUUACUACUAGAAUCACUCCCCUUUCCAAUAGCAACAGCAAAUCGCUCUUUCACACUACUACUUUGUAUUCUUGUGAGAGUUGGAGGUUCGGAGUAACACACACACAGUGGGUAUUUUCGUUUGAGGAGACACUGUUUUUAGGGUCAGCAAAUUACAACUAAUUAAUAGUGUGUUGUUAAAUCGGAUGUAAAGAGUUCACUGAACAGAGAGAAAACAACUACGCAUUCCCCAGUUGAUUUGAAUUGUCUAAUGGGACCACUGAAUCCCCACUGGGCUAUGUUAAAGGCUGACUUCAUCCUCCAAGCACUGGACUAUGACUGUGUCGACAAGCACGAUGACAUGGUGCUGUGGUACGAGGCUCAGGUAGGUAACAGUCCUAUCAAUGACCUGUCUGUAUUAAAACGUCAAUACCAAUCAUUGAGUGGGACAGAUGCAUUGAGGUGAGGAUUAGAUGCUGAUGAGACACCUGACAUUUCUGUAAUCUCCCUAAAAGUUUGUUUUUGUAUACAACUUGUCUUGGAAUGUUUUAUAUUUUGUAUGAAAAUAAAACAAAUACUGUCUUGAGAAUAAAAUUACUAAAAAUCAAA